AUGUCCACCAAAAUCAACCAUUUCAGUCCUCUGCUUGUGGCAGCAACCAUCUUCUUUGUGAUAUCCACUGUUGCAUACCCCAUCCGUGGCUUCGAAUCAAGGAAGCUUGACGAGAGCACCGUACCAGGUGAUCAAGGCAUCAAGUGUACCCCAUCAUGUGUACAACCAAGUCCUCCGCCGCCACCGCCACCAUGCCCUCCACCACCGUCACCGCCUGUGUUGCCCCCACCUACACCGAAGAAGCCGCCAACCCAAUACUGUCCGCCGCCACCUAGUCCACCAUCCUUCAUAUACAUAACUGGUCCACCAGGGAACCUGUACCCUAUUGACCAAACUUAUGGUGCUGCAAGCCGGAGAUUUGAAGUGGGAAUACUGGGUUUGGGAGAACAGAGGUUGGAAAGUGGCGGUGAUGGGGAACAGGUGGCGUCUCCGCCUUGCACCGUCGUUUCCAAUUGA